CAAAUAAACCAAAUAAAAUUAAAUAAAACCUUCCUAACCACUCCUCCUUCGCCUCCCUUCACAGAGGAACGAGUCAAGAAGAAGGCGGAGUACAAACCCGUGGACGAGAAACAGCUGAGGGCCGCGCGAGACCAGCGUAAGAAGGAAAUCAAAAUGUGGGAUAUUAUUUACGACAUCGGCGCCUACUCCUUCUUCAUCUGGAUCGUCCUCAUCCUCAGCCACGGCAACAGGGACCCCAACAGCUUCCUCAUGACGGAGGAACUGACUAACAACUUCGUCUUGGCUUCUCUCGAGACCUACGCUCCGGAUAUCAAUCUCUAUGACGUUCAGAACUGCUCGUACUUCUACCACUGGAUGAAGGUCGUGUUCCUGGAGGAGAUUCUCAUGAACGACAACUACCACGGCAGACUGGAGCCCAAACAUGACAACACCAAGAUGCUUCAUGACCGUGUUAACCUGUUGCUGGGUUACGCCACGCUCAGACAAGUGCGGAUUGAAGAAAAGACCUGCAAAGUUCCCAAGCAGAUCCGCAGCGUGACCAACGAGUGCCGCGACAAGUCCUCCAUCGUGGACGAGGAGAAGAGGGACUUCGACGUCGGGUGGAAGCCCUUGCCGGAGAGGAAGAGGCCCAAGGAAGAGUACACGUAUCGCGGCGCCUUGGAGCUCGAGGGCGUCCCCUUCUGGGGGUCGGUGGACGUGUACGGGGCGGGAGGAUACGUCGUCAAGCUAAUAGGCAGCAAGGAGAAACUCAAGGCCAAGAUAGAGCAGCUGGAAAGGGACGGCUGGAUGGACGAGCGAACCAGGGCCGUCUUCGUCGAGUUUUCCCUGUACAACGCGCAGGUCAACCUCUUCGCUGCCUGUCGGAUCGUCAUGGAGCAAGGGCCCGAGGGCGCCCUCCACGCCUUCGUCAAAUUCAACCCCAUCAAGCUCCUCCGCUACAGCGAGGGCUUCGGUCUCUUCGUCAUGAUCUGCGAGGGCGUCUUCAUCCUCUUCAUCGUCUACUACACCUACUGCGAGCUCAAGGGGAUGUGCAGGGACAAGCGGCAGUACUGGAACGACCCUUGGAACUACCUCGAACUGGUGGUUGUUGGCCUUGGUUGGAGCGCCGUUGCCUUCUAUGGAAUACGAACCGUGCUGGGCGUCUCCAUCGUCAACAAAUUCAAAGAGACGGGCGGCAGCGGUUACAUUAAGCUCGAGUACGCAGCUUCCGUCGACGAGAUCUUCCUGUACAUCAUCAGCUUUUUGGUUUUCUUCUCGACGCUUAAAUUCAUCAAGCUUCUCAAGUUCAACAAGCGGAUGGGGCUCCUGACGUCGACGCUGAAGCAGUGCGCGUCGGACCUUUCGGGGUUCAUGAUCGCCUUUAUGUUGUCCUUCUUGGCGUUCGCGCAGCUGUUCUACCUGAUGCACAACGGGAGCCACAUCGACUUCAAUAAUUUCGUGUCCGCUGUGGAGGCGACGUUCGCGGCGAUGUUAGGUAAAUUCGACUACGAAGGGAUGGUGAACUCCUCCCCAAAGCUGGGCCCGAUCACCUUCUUCAUCUUCGCCUUCUUCAACAGCAUCAUCAUGAUCAACUUGCUUCUCACACUCGUCAUCAGGAGCUUCGAAGAGAUCAAGAACAAUCUCCUGAAGCAAGGCAAUGAGUACGAGAUCGUGGACUUCAUGAUGAACAAAGCAAGAGCUGCUGUCGGUCUGGCGCCCAAGAUCAGUUUCGUGGGUCCUUUGAAGGCCACCACGGAGGAGCCGGAGGAAACGCCCAAGACGACCGAGGAAUUCCCAGAAAAAGUGGACCAGCUUCUUUCUUACAUCAACGACUUUUACUUCGAAUCGAAGCUCGAUUUCAACAACAAAGAGUGGCUGAAGCAGAUGUCGACGAAAAAUCACGGUCGAACAUCCUCCGGACUCCAUUCAGGUUGGCACGGUAAAGGCGCCUCUGCCCGUCAAAGGGCGUCGUCAAGCAGAGGAAACGCCCCCAUGUGUCCCUCAACUCUCGAGCUGGAUGGCGUCUAGGCUGGUCGCUGAGGACAAGAGCUAAAGGACAUCUGCGCCUUCUUCAAUAUUGAAAAAAAGUGGAGGGCCAUGUCCUUCCUGCCUCUCGGACCGUAAACAUGAUCAUGAAACUCCUGACAGGAAAAACGUUAAGCUACACCAUCGGCUAAAGGCGGAACUACUUGGUUUCCUUGACUGCACUAGUCCGAGGAUGCCCUUCCUGGAAACUUAUUACCAAAAGGAAGGAAGAAAAAGAAGUUUUGCAGUUACUUUUGUGAUUACCACUGACACGCUACAGUUUAGAAGACACACAAGAGUGAAUGUAUGUUUCCCCUUUUUUGACAGGUCUUGUUAUUUCACUUCUUGUCAGUUUUCCUGCUGGGAAUGUACCUGAUCAUAUUGUUACUUAAAUAUUAACUUUCUUUUGAGCACCAGUGUUUCUUUACAUAAUGUAAAACCAACUAAGUUCAGCAGUAUUUGUCGGAGGAAGAAGGAAUUGCAACAUAUUAAUACAUAUUUUGAUAACACUUGAUUAAUGACAGACCUAUUGUUUCUGCUUCUUUGUUUUAGAAUUAUUUUUUUUCUAGUAUCUCUUCACUGUUCAGAUCAAUCAUUUGACAAAAUGCACUGGCAUUAAAGAUGCAGCAAAUAUUUGUGUUCUGGAAAAUGGUAUAGUCUGUGAUUUAAAGUUACAAUUUCCUUUUACUUGAAGAUAUAUAAUGGUAGUUUACUUGUAUCUGGUUGUAAAUGUCUAGAUAAUCCAUUUCUAAAUGCGUUGACUUUUAGAGAAGGGAAAUGGAAGUUAGUUAAAAAUUUAUGAUGUGCCUUAAUUAAAAUGAAUACAAUUAAACUCUUAGCAAUAUAAAUACAAAAUAUAUAAUAUAAAUUAUUACCAAAUAAAAUAAGUUACCUGCUGGUGUUGUGUUAACAAAUAAAUUAUUUAUGCAACUAAAGUGUGUUUCAAAUUUUUCAACCAGAAAAAGGCUCUGUCAAUGCUUGGGAGUCCAUAUACACGAGUCUGUGUAUAAAAUAUAUGUUAGAUGUCAUGACAGUGAAAAUCUUCCAAGAUUCAUAGAUGCCUUCAGAGCAGAGGCAAAAGUGAAUAAGUCUUUAACCACAUGCCACCGGGGAAUGUCUCUGCACAUAGAUGGCUCUGCUAGUGCUUGGCCACAAAGGAGUCAAUUAGUAUACCUUAUGACCUUACCCGAUUUCACCUUUCCUUGAAUUGGCAGGAAAUUUUUUUUUUUUUUACUGAUGCUAUGAAUAUAAAUGGUGCUGUUUAUUAUAGAGAUUAUAAUUACUGUGAUAUUAUGAACAUUAGUAACAGCAAAAUAAGAUAAUGUACAACAAUUUUGUAAACCAAGGAAAAAGAUAGACUUGCGAGACAGGCAGUACUCAUAAUUGGUUCAUUGGUGACUUAGUACAAGCGUAGUCAUCUAUGUGUAAAAACAAUUAAUAAAGUAAAUUCACAGUAAUGCCAUGCCCGUCAGCUUUGGGUUAAGGGAAGAUGGGAGGAGCAAGAUGGUGAAAACAAGUCAAUGUAUCUCCUAACAAAGGUAUUCAUAUUCAGUGACACAGUAUCAGUGUUCUCUUAUGUCACCAGUGGGAUAUAGGUCAUUAGAUAGUUGAUCAAUAGCUUUCCAUCUUUACUGCCAUCAAUAACCAUACCUAUUGACUGCAGUUACUGCAGUUCAGUCAAUAUAAAAAAAAAAUAUAUAUUUUAUGGAUAGCUUCUUUGCUCCCCAUAUCCUCAAAUCAUUGUCUAAUGCUGGCCACUAUUCCUACAUUUCACUUGACACAUUGACCUUAACUGAUGUGUCUUGGCUUCUGUGUGCCUAUCCUUAUCUCCCUUGCUUUGCUGCAUUAUUUUCCUUCUUUUCCUCUUUAGUACUUCAGUCUUCUCUGCUGGGAAACCUGCUAAAUCUUCAAAUAAACUUAUUUUGUAUAUCCCUGCCCCCUGAAACACACACAAAAGUAUGUGAACUGCUUUCCUCCACCUUCUUAUCUCUAUCAUGGGGUAAAGUCAUAAAAAGCAAAACUGAAAAUCAUUGUUAUUUUAUUAAAAAUGUAUACUAAAAAUUACACCCCACUGGUGCUGUUAGAGUUCCACAGUCUUGGCCUGUGAAGCUGAGGACACCCACUAUAUAAAUAUGUAAAACUCUGAAUCUCUUCAUAUCUUCUCAGGUUUAAAUCAUUUUUAUUUCUUCACCAAUCGUCAUUUUGUUAUCUCAGACUUCUAGCUGCAAAAAAAAAAAUGAAUACAGGGACAAAUAUCUUCAGUGACUUCAUAUAGAAAACAUUCAAACUCUUUCUGAAAACCUAAUAUAAUUCCACACACAGUAGAUUAUGCAUAUUACAAAUUAAGUAUUGUAAACAAGGUGACUAGGGCUAAGGGAAUCCUGUGAUAAUUCUGGUCAUCUUGGAGCACAUCAACAUUCUAUUAUUGCACCUCAAAAACAUAUCACUAAAAAAUAAAUAGUUAAUAAAUAUUUCUGACUUCCAAAUUAGUAUAUUAGUACUGCAUAAAAAGAAACAAGGAUAAAUAAACAGAUGAAUGAUUAACUUUGCUUGAGCUGCUUUUUCUCAAGUCACAUUUUAUGCACCAGGAUUUCAGUCUUUAUAAGCUCUUCUGCCAUCAACUUUUAGAGCUGGUAUUUAUGUAAAGAUCUGGUAGCUUUCUUGAAAAUGAAAUGAAUUACAAUUGUCUAUUCACAGUAUACACAAUGUAAAGCUUAUUCUGUGUAUGACAUGAGGAAUAAUAUCUAUGAAUGCUGAAAGUCUCUCAUAACAAUGUAUUUUAAAUGUACUUGCUCCAGUGCAGUUAAAUAGUAUAGUAAAUAUUUAUCAUCCUUACUGAAGAUACAGCCUUCAACUCAAGCUAAACACGUUCUCCUUUAUUUUCAAUUCCAAAUAAAUUCAUGUAUUUGCUGCCUUCACUUUUAAAAAUGACAAUAACUUUUGGCUACUUUUCAUUAUCUUCUUUUAUCUUUGUGAAUAUUUAAGAACAGGAGCUUAGUCAGUGCUGAUUCUUAGUAUAUUUACCAAUGAAAGGAAAAAAUGAGGCACUGCACCUCCUACAAGAUACUAAUAAUCAUAACAAUGGUAACAAAAACCAUGGCAUCAGCAGACCAAGGCAGAUGGGCUACCUUAACAAAAUUAUGGUCAUUUAGAGGCAUCCAUUAUUAAAUCAUGUAACCACAGUUCAGUAAUACGAAAAAAAUAGUUUUUCAUAUGAUUUCCUUCACAUUUACCAAGUGUCAAAAAAAAUUAUGCAGGCCAUAUAAAAUGAAAAAAACAAAAAACUAAUACUAAUGACUGACUUUAUUUUGUUGCCAAAUUUUGGGACUUGUGGCCAUGACAGCAAAUGGCAAAUGUUCCAAUUUCCUACAAAUUACUAAGACAAUGUAAAAAUGUGACUAAUGGUGAAAAAGUAUUUAUACUAUUUACAGACCAGUUUCUAAAAUUUAUUUUGUAAAAAGAGAAAAUUCUACCAUUGAUAAAUCACACCAUUUUUUGUUAAAGUUUUAUAUAAAGUCCAAAGUUAUAUUUUUUUCAGAACAAGAGCUUAUCAGCUGCAUGUUACCUCACUGAUAACAUCAAUUUACAAUCAUAAACUUGUAGGCCCCUGUCAAUCACUUACUAUAUUACAUAGCAUAACAAUUUCUAAAACAGAUUUCCCAUCAGUCUUGUUAAUUUUCUAAGCUGCAAUUCAGCUGCCCACAAACCAUAACACAGCACAAACAAACUGCACCACAUAGUAUGCAAAGUUUUAAAAUAAUGACUGUCUGAUUCGUAAGCUGCUUAAAACAAUUUAAAUUAAAUACAAAACUCAUACAAAUGCUCAACAAAAAAUAUCAAAGUGACUUUCUAAAGAAAAGAAAAAAAAAAACCUUAUUGAAAGUAUUUGACUUUAAAAAAGUACUCUUAACCUAGAAGUGGAUAAUUUCUUCAAUAAAACAUAUAUCUGCUAACAUCAAUAGGUUCAAUGCAAUUACAAUGAAGAUAAAAUCACAUAUUUAUCUCUUUAAACAAACAAAAAAGUAAAAUGUGAUAAAAGAGGAUCUCUUGUCAAAAAUAAACACAAAAAUA